UCUCAGGUUUCUCUCUGAUUAAACUUGUCCAGCGAAGUUAAACAAGUAUCGAUCGGUUCUCCAGUGAAAGUACUUAUCGCACAAUUGUGCGGUUGCGAAUAAUCGCGCGCAUUAGAUUUUAUACUGCCAAUGUUUAUUUCUACUGUACAUAAAGUGUCGAAGUAACUGAACAAAGUUUUAUAUCGUCGCAUAAGAAGUAUGGCAACCAUUGGCGAACCUCUUACUCUGGCGAGAGAUGUCAAGAGAUCCAUAGAAUUGCUGGAUAAAUUGCAGAAAGGAGGUGAAGUUCCCACGACAAAAUUGGCAGCGUUGCAGAAAGUAUUACAAAGCGACUUCCUCAGUGCUGUGCGAGAGGUAUACGAGCACGUGUACGAGACUGUCGACAUCCAGGGUUCGCAGGAUGUACGCGCAUCUGCAACAGCGAAAGCGACCGUGGCUGCUUUCGCGGCCAGCGAGGGUCACGCGCAUCCACGUGUGGUCGAGCUGCCAAAAACGGAGGAGGGACUCGGCUUUAACGUGAUGGGGGGAAAAGAACAGAACUCGCCGAUUUACAUAUCUCGCAUUAUCCCGGGCGGUGUCGCCGACAGGCACGGUGGUUUGAAGCGCGGCGAUCAACUUCUGUCCGUUAACGGAGUGUGCGUCGAGGGUGAGAACCACGAGAAGGCGGUAGAAUUGCUGAAGCAGGCGCAGAACUCGGUAAAACUGGUGGUUCGUUACACCCCGCGCGUUCUCGAAGAGAUGGAGCUGCGUUUUGACAAACAGAGGGCUGCUCGCAGACGUCAACAUAUGCCAUAAGUAUGAAAUAAAUGCAAAUAUUAAGUUAUGUUCAUGUAAGGAGAUGCAAUCUAUUGACUAUGGUGUCUAUAUAUCACACACAUAUAUUAUAUAUUGAAGUUAUGCUCAUAAUUAUAGUUUAUAGUCAGCAUUUUGGCAACAGUAUUCAUGUGCUCCAUUCAUUAAUAAAUAUUACCUGUUAUCUACACG